CUCUUAUUAGGACCUUCCCAAACAAACCUGUCUUCUCCUUCUUCUUCUUCUUCUGUUUCUUCGUCUGCCCACUUCCAUAAUUGUUCUGUGAGUUCGAGCUUGUCGAUCAUAUAAGCAAUCUUUAUUACAAUUCUUCUUCUUCUUCUUAUCAUUUAUUUUUUUAUUUUUGCGUUCUAUCUACAGUAAAGGACUCCUUUAAUUUGACGAAUAUAUUGUUGUGUGGCUGAUCUGAAUAAUGGGGAAAGCAAAGAUUGCGAUAAAGAGGAUAGACGAUUCAGCAAACAGGCAAGUGACUUUCUCAAAGAGAAGAACUGGGUUGCUCAAGAAAGCAAGAGAGCUUGGGAUCCUCUGUGACGCACAAGUUGGGGUCAUCUUCUUCUCCAGCACCGGCAAGCUCUAUGAAUAUGGAAGCUCCAGCUUGAAGUCAAUUAUUGACCGCUACAAUAAACACAAAGAUGAGGAACAACAUCCGCUUAUGAAUCCAGCUUCAGAAGCCAAGUUUUGGCGGAGAGAAGCAACGGUCUUGAAGCAACAACUGCAACACUUGCAGGAAUUGCACAGGCAAUUCAUGGGUGAACAGAUUUCUGGUCUGGGAAUCAUCGAGUUGAAAACUUUGGAAAAUCAACUGGAGAUGAGUUUAAAAAAUGUCCAGAUCAAGAAGGAGCAAAUUUUAGCUGACAAGAUUAAAGAGUUACAACACAAGAUUACAGCUGCUUUGGCACAACCUCUUUGACAAUCUAGGAUUCUCAACGCCAUGCUGCCACCAACUUUCCUGUAAGAGGUGUUUCAUCAGGAAUCAUUGCUGUCAUUGUUAAGGAUCAAACAUAUUAUAUCGGAUGUGUCUCUGUAAAUUUUAGACAAUAACACUACCAAACGUGCCAAGUGUUGAAUUAUUUAGUAUCCAGAUUUGUUGUGAUCAAAUGAUGGAAUAUGAUCUGUCGAUCUUUCAAUGAAAUAGCCAUAAACACAAACCUCCCGUUUUCUCCUACCUUUUUUUGUUCCCCCCCCCCCCUUCCCUUUUUGGUGAUAUGUAAAAAUUUCAAGUGUUUACUUCAGAACUGAG